AUGCCACACCUCCUCCCCUCGGUCCUCCUGCUCGUCCUCGUUGUCGUCCUCCCGGUCGCAUGUUCGCAGCCGUGCGGGCGCAAGUGCCGCUUCCGCCUCUGCCCGCCCGGCGGCGCCCCAACGCUAGGCCUGCCGCUGCUUUUGCGGCCGCCGCUCGUGGCCGCGCCGGGCCCGACGAUCUGCCGCGGGGCUGAGCGGCUGGGCUACGUUCUCCUUGUGGGCGAGGCGCUGAUCUCCGUCCCGGGGCGUCGCGCAGGGGUGCAAGCGAUCUCCGCGUGGCGCCCGGCGCGCGCGGCACAGGGCUUCAGCCGCUUCUUCUUCGGCGUGCGGCGCGUGCGCGCGCUAGGGCAGAGCGUGGUGGUGCGCGGGCGCGCGCGCGGGCGCGCGGCCGAGGCGCUGGACGGGGUGUGCGUGCGCGUGCCGGUGCACAGGUAUGAGGUGGUGCGCGGCGGGGGGAAGCGGGUGCGGGUGGAGACGCAGAGGCGGGGCGAGGACUGCGUGGCGUUCGUGGCGAGCGUGCCGCGGCUGCUGGUGGAGCUGAGCUGGGAGGGCCAGGGGGACGACCUCGACUUGGCCGUGGUGACGCCCAGCGGAGGCCUGCUGUCGCGGUUUAGGGAGGCGGAUGAGAGUGGGGGCCGGUUUGGAGGGGAUGUGGAGGCCGGGUGUCGGGGGAACGGGGUCGGGAACGAGGUGGUGAGCUGGGGGAGAGGAGCGCGCGUAGAGAGCGGGACGUACUUGGUGCAGGUGAGGUUGUUUGCGGUAUGUGGGGGAUCGCGGUGGACGUUGAGGGUGAGCGCGGGGGAUAGGGUCAAGGUGGUGAAGAGGGGGAGGAGCGGCGGGCAAGAGGUGGGGCUUCUGGGGGAGAUUCGGUUUGUGGUUUAGGGCGUCAGGGCGAGCGUAUCGUACUCUUUCUACGAGAAAGCAACAACGACUCCAGGGGGCGGGCUAUCUACUUUAGGUACAAAUAAAAACAAAACAGGACGUUGACUACA